AUGGCCCGAAACCCUUUCGCUUUCCGGCCGCUCCAGGUGACAUUCUGGACGACAGUCGUUUACCUGGCUGUCUUCAUCUCGUUAAUCCAUGUCCACGAAACUGUACCGUCCGCGCCGUCGCCGGACAAGUUGCCCCAAGGCAUCAACUUAACCGAGGCAUGGUCGGACCUGCAGGCCAUCACCAGGUUCUACCAUCCAUAUAAUAGCCACGAGAACGAUAUCGUACGGGACUAUCUCAUCCGCCGGUCUCGCGAGAUCCUGGACAGAAACGGGGUCAACUACACCACGGAUCUGACCGGUGGUGUUCCGUGGCAAAGCAGCUACCUGUCAUCCGCUAGCGUUGGCGUUGGCGUUGGCGUCGAAGCUGCCGAGGCCCCGGCUCGUCCUCAGGGAGCUACCCUCUUUGAUGAUGUUAUUUCCAACGUCACCUAUGCUACCAGAGGCAGCGCAGUUGGCCAGUAUUUCGAGGGCAACAACUUUUAUGUCUACGUUCACGGCUCGGACGACCCUGCGGGGGAUUGGUGGCGCUCAGAAGAUGCUCGACGAGCAGCUCGUGGCGGCGCAGGUGUGUUGGUAAAUUGCCACUUUGAUUCGGUCUCCACUGGUUAUGGUGCGACUGAUGACGGCAUGUCUUGCGUCUCCCUGCUGCAGCUGCUCAGUCACUUUACCUCCCCCGGCCGCCAACCAAAGAAUGGCAUCGUCCUUCUCUUCAACAAUGCCGAAGAGGAUGGUCUGCUAGGCGCGCGAGCUUUCGGUUAUAGCCCUCUGGUCCGGUUCUGUCACACAUUUGUCAACUUGGAAGGAGCUGGGGCAGGCGGUCGGGCCAUGCUUUUCCGCACAACCGAUCUCGAGACUGCUCAGGCCUAUUCCAAAAGCCCACAUCCUUUCGGAUCAGUCGUUGCCGCAGAUGCCUUUGAGAGAGGUGUUAUCAAAAGCGCGACCGACUACUCGGUCUUUGUCGACAACUUUGGCCAGCGCGGUCUCGACAUUGCCUUCUUUUCCCCUCGUUCUCGCUAUCACACCGAAGAAGACGACGCUCGGCACACGUCGGUCGACUCCAUCUGGCACAUGCUCUCGGCUGCUUUGGCUUCGGCCGAAUCCCUGUCCAGGUCCAGCAGCAGCGCCCGCUUCAGCGGUCCCCGGUCUGACGGCAGAAAGGAUCUGGUUCAGAACGGUCGGCCUACGGCUGGCGUUUGGUUCGAUUGGUAUGGAGCUGCCUGGUCGGCUUUUCCGCUUAGAGGGCUUUUUGCUUGGACAUUGACGUUGCUCAUUACCACACCACUGACCCUCGUCAUCGUGGCCCACCUGCUCGUGCGCAAGGACAAGUGGUACCUGUUUGCCGCGGACGGAGCCACGGAUAUAUCCGAGGGCGAUGGUCGUGUGCCGAUUGGAGGAUGGAAAGGCUUGAUCAGAUUUCCACUUGCCUUGGUUGUUGCAGGCGGACUAACUGUCGGAUCCGUCUACUUGUUGGCCAAGGUUAACCCGCUGAUCAUCUAUAGCAGCAGCUACGCUGUCUGGGCACAGAUGAUUUCAUUGUUCUAUUUCCUCUCAUGGCUCAUUCUGCGAGGAGCCCAUUUCGUUCGACCAAGUGCUCUUCAACGCGGAUUUGCCCUGUUUUGGAUCUUUCUCAUCACAUGGGUUCUCUCAAUUCUGGCCGCCGUUGCUGAAGAUCGCAUGAAUAUCGGCGGCGUCUAUUCCUUGGCCUUUCUGCAUACGUUCGCCUUUGGGGCGGUUCUCAUUUCUUUUCUGGAACAGUUUGCCCUUCCAAGCAAGCAGACUUUUGCCCUCCAACAGGUCGGCGAGGGAGGGGGCGAUGCCGGACAGGCUAGCGGCAACAGAGACGAAGGCGCUGAACACGAGGGGGGGCGGGAAGACGGCGAGAACGCCGAGGAUGCCCCCGAUGCCACAGAAACCACACCGCUGAGGGCUGGCGAGCGCGGUUAUGGAUCCGAUGAGCAGGUUACGACGUUUGCGAGCACGUACCGACGAUCGGUGUCUGAAUCGAGACACACGGAAGCCGACCUCGGGCAAAGGCAUGCUGCCUACGAAAACGAACAAAGCUGGUCGGGCUGGCUUCCCACUUGGACCUGGUUCCCCCAACUCCUCCUACUGGGUACCGUAUACGUCAUUGUCCUGGGCAACCUGGCAUUGGUGCAGACUACUUCUCUGGCCAAGACGGGUUCGGACGGCAGCAGUCUGCUCGCCCCCCUGAUGGGGGUUGGCGUACUGACGAUUAUGCUCCUGCUUCCGUUAACGCCGUUCAUACAUCGCGUCACCCAUCACGUCCCCCUAUUCCUCCUCGCCGUCUUUAUCGUGACGCUAGUCUACAACUCGGUCGCCUUCCCAUUCUCCGUCAACAAUCGAUUCAAGUUCUUCUUCCAAGAGGUGGUGGACAUUGACAAGGGCACCAAUGUCGUGAACCUGAUGGGCCUGGAAGAGUUUGUUCGUCCCGUCAUCAGCUCCCUGCCCACGCCAGCUGGCCAGUCCAUCACAUGCUCCGGACCGACGGUGCGCGCAGACGUCAAGACGUGCAGCUACGACGCCUCCCUGUUGACACCAGAUGUUGCCAACGGAACCAGAUUGGCCGAUGUCGUGUCCGUUGAGGCGUCCAGAGGCGCUGACGGCAAGUCCGUCAUAGUCAGGGUGGAUGCAUUAAACAGCCGCACCUGCUUCCUGGACCUUUCGUCUCCCGUCUUUGGCUUCUCCGUCGAGGGUGGAGGCAACAGAGACGAGCGCUUCGGAUCGUAUCCGUCCGAAGGUCUGAAGCACGUUCAGCUUUGGAGACGGAAAUGGGAGGGGCCCUGGACUGUCACACUUCAGCUGGGUGGUGGUGGUGGUGGUGGUGGUGGUGGUGGUCUAGCGAGCGGCCGGGAGGAUGUUGCUGGCGUCGAAGCCAUGGGAGCUGGCGAUUCCACCAACGGUGAGCUCAAGCCGCGAGAGUCGGCGGACGAGCUGUCCAUAACGGCCAGAUGCUCCUGGUCGGACGUGAACAGUGGCGAGACUAUUCCAGCGUUUCACGAAGUGACACAGUACAUGCCUCGGUGGGCGGUUGUUACAAAGGCGGCUGUUGGUCUGUUGGAGGUGAGAAAGACGGUCAAGGUGGUGUAG